AUUACCGCUUCCAACUUCGGUCCCAAUCCGUGGGAUCCGUACUCAAUCCAACGGCAUGGGAACUUCCACCACUGUCCUCUGCAAACCUUUGAUUCACGCCACUCCUCAUGGCUCAUAAGUCUCCACGCUCUCACUUUCAAAUCCGUCAGAUCGAGACGAAUCUAACGGUUGCAAACAGACGCCAUAUAAUUGUUAUAAUUAUUAUUUAUAACUAUUAUUACUAUUAUUUUCUCAGCACCCUUGUAUUAAAGUCGCCGUAACAUCAAAGUCCCGCUCUUUUUGCGUCUGAAAGCCCAAGAAUAUUUGGCUUGCUGCGUGUCUCCUCUCUCGAUCUAUUGCUUGUAGACGCAAUGCAAGAGCAAGCAACGAGUUCCAUUGCGGCGAGUUCUCUGCCUUCGAGCAGCGAAAGAUCUUCGAGCUCUGCUCUUCAGACUGAAGUCAAAGAAGGUUUGGAGAGUGAUGAAGAGAUCAGGAGGGUACCAGAGAUAGGUGGUGAGUCUGCUGGAACCUCAGCCUCGGGGCGGGACACGGGUUCAGUGGCCGGCCCAGACCGGGCUCAAGUCUCCGGGGAAGGUCAGAGGAAGAGAGGCAGAAGUCCAGCUGACAAAGAAAGCAGGCGGCUGAAGAGGCUACUGAGGAACAGAGUUUCAGCACAGCAAGCAAGGGAAAGGAAGAAAGCAUAUUUGACUGAACUAGAAACGAGGGUGAAGGGGUUAGAGGUGAAGAACUCUGAGCUCGAAGAGAGGUUGUCCACCUUGCAGAAUGAGAAUCAGAUGCUUAGACAGGGCCUCAGUGAGCCUGGCCAAACCGGUCAGCGACGAGCAAGUCAUACUUAUUAAUGAAUUUUUGUUUGGGUUCUUGGCAUGUGAAGUUUCCCAGAUAUUGAAAAACACAACAGCAAGCAAGAAAGGAGGAAGUAGUGGUGCUAAUGGCAAUGAUGGGUCUUUAUGAGACGAAAAAAGGAAGAGCAGGGUUUGUAAGAGUGUAGAGAGGAUACAAGUGUAUUUAAUUAUAUUAGGUACAUUAUGAAGUAUCAGAAACUAAGAGCAUUUUGACAUGCUUAAUUCUAGGUUAAUGUUUUCCUAGGGAUUUUUUCUCACUUUUCUCGUAUCCGUAUGCCAUGUGCUAUGUGAUGCUGGCCUGGCUACUAUGCCAUCAAACAAUGAUGGCGGCGACAGUGACAAUGGCUGUAGUGCCAAUGGCGGAAGUGGCGGUGACUGGUGGAGUGGAAAGUGCAAUAGGGGCUGAACAGUUUACUUAAGUAAGCUUCUUUGGAGAAUCUCCAUUUGUACAUCCUCAUCUUCAGAAUAUAUUUGGCAUGCAUAUGUCAAUUUUAGCUGGUGCUUUACUUGUUUCUCUCUGUGCUGCUUCUAAAGUUAAGCUCAAACUAUUGAUAGUAGCAAUGUGUAUGAAUCAGCUCGAACAAUGUCAUUGUUUUCCUCAUAUUUAACUCGCAAUAAAUAGCUGGUUUUUGGUGCA